AUGGUGAAGGUGCUAACCCUGCUUCAGCUUAACUCCGUGUUCAUAUCCAAUGGAAAUGCCGCUGAACUGGAACAUGUCAAGAGCGUAAUAAGUCGAAAACUCGCACAAAUACUUGGUGAGGAUUUUGACGAAGGGAGGAUAUUGGUUCUGCUUCGACUCAAAACCCCUCAAGAGGCGACAAUUUGGUCUAUCUGCCUCUAUGUUUCUCGUUCAAUGUCUGAAGAUGAGCGAAUAAGAGUUAGUGAUGCAUCAAUCAAGUCGUAG